CCAAUCGGCUCGCGGGGCUGCCCGUAGCCGCGCCGGGUUGGGCAGUGCUCAGGCGCCGCGCAGGGCCGCCCGCCCGCCGCGAUCCGCCGGGCCGGUGUCAUUGCCGAAGAGGACGAUGUCCGGCUGCAGCCGCGCCGCCGCCCGCCCGCUGGGCCGCUUCCUCCGCCUGCAACAGAAUGGAGUCCGACACUGCUCCUACUCUGCGUCAAGGAAAAAUCUGUAUAUUAGCAAAAAUACAAAGGUUAUCUGUCAGGGUUUUACAGGCAAACAGGGCACCUUUCACAGCCAGCAGGCGUUGGACUAUGGCACCAAUCUAGUCGGGGGCAUUUCUCCAGGAAAAGGAGGAAAAACUCAUCUGGGUCUGCCUGUGUUUAAUUCUGUGAAGGAGGCCAAAGAACAAACUGGUGCGUCUGCCACUGUUAUAUAUGUACCUCCUCCGUUUGCUGCUGCCGCGAUCAAUGAAGCAAUCGAUGCAGAAAUGCCCUUAGUUGUUUGCAUUACUGAAGGUAUUCCCCAGCAGGAUAUGGUUCGGGUUAAACACAGACUGGUUCGGCAGGAUAAGACUCGACUAGUGGGCCCGAACUGCCCUGGAGUCAUCAAUCCUGGAGAAUGUAAAAUUGGUAUCAUGCCUGGUCACAUUCACAAGAAGGGAAGAAUUGGUAUUGUGUCAAGAUCUGGAACCCUGACAUACGAAGCUGUUCAUCAGACAUCGCAGGUUGGACUGGGCCAGUCUCUCUGCAUUGGGAUUGGAGGCGAUCCCUUCAACGGAACUAAUUUUAUUGACUGCCUUGAUGUCUUCCUGAAGGAUCCUCAUACUGAGGGGAUCAUAUUGAUUGGAGAAAUCGGAGGAAAUGCUGAAGAAGAUGCAGCAGCAUUCUUGAAAGAAAAUAAUUCUGGUCCAAAUGCCAAGCCGGUGGUGUCGUUCAUCGCUGGUCUGACUGCUCCUCCGGGCAGGCGGAUGGGUCACGCUGGAGCAAUCAUUGCUGGGGGAAAAGGUGGAGCCAAGGAGAAGAUCGCUGCUCUGCAGAACGCUGGCGUUGUUGUCAGCAUGUCUCCUGCUCAGCUGGGUAGCACCAUCUACAAGGAGUUUGAGAAAAGGAAAUUGCUGUAAGAGAAGCCACUUUGGAAUACUGUCUCCAAAACAUCAGCGCAGCACCUGGCCUCCGCUUAUCUUUUGUCUGCUAAUCUUCAGUUGCCCAAAUGACUGACGCUGGUCUUUGAAUUUGACUUUGGAAGCCAUAAAACCUCCUGGCUAAACCCGUUUUGAUGUCUCCUUGGUUCAGACAUGAUCACCUCAUUGUAAAUCACAGCAAAUUAAUAAAUUACUACUAAAUCCCAUUCAUCCUUUGAAUUCUGAAGCAGAGCCGUUUCUUCAACCAUCAUAAACAAAAUCAUCAGCCUUGAAGGUCUGAAUCUUUUGUAACUUAAGCACUACCCAUUUUAAGGUAAAGUCGCUUAUAGAGAUAUUUUUAAGGAUCAAGGCACUGACUUUAUGCACAUAUAUGUCCCACUUCACUUUAUUUUUUAAAAAAUCCCAUCUUACGUGUUUGUUGCUGGCAAGUAUGUUUGUUUGAACCAUAGGCCAAAGUUUCCGUCCAUUAAACCAAAGCUGCUGGAUCGGAAGGGCUUGGUUGUUGGUCCACGUAGUGGGAUAUGCCUGAAGUCCAGACUAUCUUUUCAAGGCUGGUGAACCAUGCACAGUGUGGUCCUCUACUGGCACGGGAUUCUGUUUGUUGUGUGGGGAGAUGGAAUUUUGGUUUACAAAAACGAAUCUGAUUUCCCAUUGCGAAUAUAUAUUAAAAAUUGCCUGUAACUAUGAAACUGAAUUGGUCUUUAGCUUACAUUACCUAAAUUUCCUCUUUAUUUUAACCAGGAUUGCAUUGCUUGUGUGUUCUGAAAUCCUCAUGACAUUGGGACGUAAUGGACAAGUAUUAUUCUGUGGAAAAGAAUGUAAUAAGGAAUCUUGCUUGUUAACCACUCCCAGCACAGUAAUGCAAAGCCCUUUUUUCUCUUUAGAAAUAGCCCAAGCACUGUGCCUAUAGAUGAGCGUUACAACUUUUUAUCAGGAUGGACUAAACUCAAGAUUGCUUUUGUUAUAGAGAAGACUGAAAAUUCAUGUAACCUGGCCCUUGUCUAACGCUAACCUUUUGUCCCAUAAAGGUGCUGUUACGAAAACUCGUCUCAUUAUUUGUUUAAAGCCGUUCUUAGUUUUGUUACUCAGGUGCCUGUGGAAUUUCUCUUCCUAAUGCGAGCGGUAGGCAGGUACCUUGAUGCUGACACUUAGAAUUCCUAGAGCUAAGCCCUGAAAAAAUGCACAAAAGGAAGGAUCAUAUAUCCACUGCACUGAAUUUGCAUUAAUAUGCUUUGUAUACAGUCAGGCAUCAGAUGGGUGAUAUUGGCUUUAGGACACAGAGAUCAGAUGCUGCAUUAUUCACCUUGGUGUGAUUUACUAAAAUUAACCUGACACCCUAUCUCUAGACACUGAAAGCAGUAUUGAGCAGUAAAUCAUUUGAUAAAGCCUAUGACUACAGAUAGGAAUUUUCUUACUAGAUCUGCUCAGUUUUCUGGUGGUGCCCCAUUUAAUCUAGAGCAAAAAAUCCCCCAAACAGUGCCCUUCAAUGAGAGAAACAGCAGCGCUACCGUGUCUCGGUGUAAAAGUGCAAUUCUUCACCAGUGAAUGUCAGGAUAUCACAGCCUGUUGUCUUACGAGCCUGCUAGUCAAAGUAAGUUGUUCUAGCCGUGGGCUUCUCCACAACGUUAAUUUAGGGUGGGUAAUGCUCCUUGAUGAGCUGCCUGGAUUUCAUCAUACCACCAGUGUUACAGCAGGUGACUGUUCAGGACAGUGGACGUGCAGUAAGUUUCCUACCAGGGAUUGCUCCAUGGAAGCUCUUCUAGAGGCAUCAGCUACUUUAGAAAACAGCCAGAAACUCCAAUGACCGUUGUGCCCUGAGGUGUUUUCUUGUAUCUUGAAAUUUGAGUAUGGGUUUACGAACGCGACCUUGAUUGGGGUGUUUGCAGCGCUCACCUGGUCCUGUACCUGUACCUGCCUGUUCUAUAAAGCCUGGGGAACGCGUCUGUGUGAGCUGGAACUGAGCAUUGCCUGAGGAUGGGGAAGAAGCCUCCCCUGGUCUGGUAGAAAGGUUUAGUUUUAGCAGUUUUCUCUUGCUGCCUAAAAAAUGUGCACUUGACAAAUGUCAUCAGAGCCUCUAACAUUGCUAAUGACAAUGUCUCUCUGGAAAACACAUCCACAUCCCUUUAAUACCCUGUGUACUUGUGAAUAAAUACUUUGAGUAAUCUGA